GUACGCCCAUCCUGGGGAGAGCCUGAGUGCAACCCGACACUGUCGCCUGCUACCUACCCGUAUCCGCCGCUGCCUGCAACCCUCGAAAUUACUCGUCGUCGUCCGCCGCACCAUGCCUUUUCAGCUCGCACCAGCUCGCCAGGCCUCGAAGAAGCUUAUUGCAAAGCUGAAACCCGUAUGGCUCGGGAAGGGGAUGCGUUCCAUCGGACGAGGUGCCUCGCGAAUCCCACUCGGGCCCGUCAUCACGGUGGUACAGACGACAGGCAACGUCGGGUCCGCUGUGCCUUACCUACAAGGAGUCUCGUCUCUAGUGGUAUCGAUUCUGCAACGCGCCGAUACGGUGAAGCGUAACCGCGAGGAGUGCGAGGAGCUAGCUUGGUUAGCCAAGAGCGUUGUAUCUACGGUGGGGAACGUCACUAGAGACGUGCCUGAAGACGAGCUGGAUGAGAAGAUGAAAGAGCAUAUCACCGAGUUGGAGAGAAACAUGACGGAAAUCAUGAAGACGAUGAGACAUCUGCAGGACAAACCGGUCUGGCGCCGGUUCGUGCGCAAGGACAAGCAUAGCGACGCUCUGGCGAAACACAAACAGGGGUUAACGCACGCGUUGGCGAUGUUCCAGACAAAGGAGCUCGUUGCGAUCAGGCAUGCGCAACACCGAGACCACGUACAGACGGCGGCCACCCUGCAGGAGCUCCAGACUGCCGGGGUUAUAUACUCAUCUACCGCGCUUAUCUUUCACCGCCUUUUUUUUUAGCGCUAUGAUGUAAACUUCUGGGCUUCGAAGCCCUUGCACCGCGGGCAUAUCCGC